CACGGACGCUAAGUGACCUCAGGAGUUGCUUUCUCAAGGGAGAAUCCAUGAGCUGCGGGAGGUUGUAACGCAGAGUGUUUUCUUUAAAGGUUACAGAAGACCUUCAGCCCUGAAGAGCAGGAGCCAGCAGGACCGCGGCUGAGCUCCAGGCUCCCGGCCAUGUCCCCGGCUGCCGACCGCGUGCCCUGGCGCUGGCUGGCAGCGGGCAGGGCGUCCCGGAGCCUGGUGCUGGUGGUGGUGUUCGUCGCGCUGCUGCUGGACAACAUGCUGCUGACGGUCGUGGUACCGAUCGUCCCCACCUUCCUCUAUACAACAGAAUACGAACGCGCCAACAGCUCUGUUGCCCCAGCCCGGACUGAGCCAGCUCCUCCAGCCUUGAAGACUCCUCCUUUCUCCUCCAUGUUCUCCUAUUUUGACAACACCACGGUGACUGUCUCGGGCUCCACCAGCGCCACGGAGCUGGUGAACGGGACGGAGAUCAACCCGUCGUCGCAGCCCCCCACCACCAGCCCACCUCUGCCGAGCGGCUGUCCGGAGGGCGAGGAGUUCCUGGCCAAGGAAAACGUCCGCGUGGGGCUGCUCUUUGCCUCCAAAGCUCUCGUACAGCUGGUGGUCAACCCCUCCGUGGGGCUCCUGACCAACAGGAUAGGAUACCACAUCCCCAUGUUCAUCGGAUUCGUCAUCAUGUUCCUCUCCACAGUCAUGUUUGCGUUCUCAGGCACCUACACCUUGCUGUUCAUCGCCCGGGCCCUCCAAGGCAUCGGCUCCUCGUUCUCCUCAGUCGCAGGCUUGGGCAUGCUGGCCAGCGUCUACACCGACGACUUCGAGAGGGGCAACGCGAUGGGGAUCGCUCUUGGAGGCUUGGCCUUGGGUGUGCUGAUCGGGGCCCCCUUUGGCAGCAUCAUGUACGAGUUUGUGGGGAAAUCGUCUCCGUUCCUGGUCCUGGCCUUCCUCGCCCUCUUAGAUGGAGCUUUGCAGCUCUGCAUACUGCAGCCCUCUAAGAUCUGCCCCGAGAGCACCAAAGGCACCCCGGUCUUCACCCUGCUGCGAGACCCUUACAUCCUGGUCGCUGCAGGAGCCCUCUGCUUCUCCAACAUGGGGGUGGCCAUGCUCGAGCCCACCUUGCCCAUCUGGAUGAUGCGAACCAUGUGCUCCCCGAAAUGGCAGCUAGGGAUGGCGUUCCUCCCUGCCAGUAUAUCCUACCUCAUCGGCACCAACCUUUUUGGGAUUCUGGCUAACAAAAUGGGCCGGUGGCUGUGCUCCCUGAUCGGCAUGGCUGUGGUGGGAAUCAGUCUCCUUUGUGUGCCUCUGGCCAAAAAUAUUUACGGGCUGAUUGGCCCGAACAGUGGCCUUGGCUUCGCCAUAGGGAUGGUGGACUCCGCAAUGAUGCCUAUCAUGGGAUACCUCGUGGACCUUCGCCACACCUCCGUCUACGGCAAUGUCUACGCCAUCGCUGAUGUCGCCUUCUGCAUGGGCUUUGCCAUUGGUCCAUCCACCGGCGGUGCGAUUGUACGAGCCAUCGGGUUUCCCUGGCUGAUGGUCAUCAUUGGAGUUAUCAAUAUCACUUACGCUCCUCUCUGCUGGUGCCUGCGCAACCCUCCCGCUAAAGAAGAGAAGAUUGCAAUCUUAAGCCAGGAAUGCCCCAUGCAAACCAAGAGCUACACCACCCAGAAAACCCUGCGCAAUUUCCCGCUGACAGACGACAGUGAUGUGGAGGCAGAAAAUGCAGAAUAGCAAGUGCAAGGAUGGGUGCCCUGCUCUGAAGCUGUAUUAUGUUUACAGAACAUGAAUGUAUUAGUGCUCAAGAAUCACCCAGCCUCCCCCAAGACUUGUGGACACAGGACGGACACAGGCUGUUAUUGUUGGCUUGUUCUCUCGGCCACGCGAUUCACAGCAGGGAGUAGAAACCCAGGAUUUGGAGGCUCUAUCAGCCACUCAUCUGCUGUGUCACUUCCAGGCAAGUUACCCAAACUCACUAUAUCUCAUCUAUAAAAAAAGUUAGGAAAAUUAGGAGAAUCCUAUCAAACUGUCCUCCAGAACAACUUUGUCUUGGGCACGGCCUACACAUGCAGUAGGGGAUACUAUCAACACCUCUCCCAGACAAGUCCAGCGGCAUUUGUUAAUGCCUUUAAAGCGCUUACUGUUCUUGAAAGAAAAGCACUGGAGAAAACAAAAAUGAAAUCAGCGGCAUCAGCUUUGGGAGAUUUCAUUUAUCCAGAAUUCUGCUCUGCUCCCCAGCAUGAAACCUCUCUGUAACAACAGGGCACCAUCCAUCUGUGUCACUGCCAGUCCGUCAAUAAAGAUGUCACUGCACUGCUAACGUGCUCCACGCGCCUCUGAACACAGUGAAAACACGCUCAUCGCUGCCUUGGUACAGCUUUAUGUGUUGCGCUAUUUAUGUGCCACUUAUAGCUGCUUGUGUGUCCUUUCCAACAUCCAUUAAAUUCAUUCAUUUAUUUGAAGAACUCUAAGAAUUUCAGGUAGAAAUAAGACUGAAAGCAGUUUUAGAAUCUUAGACACAGACUCAGCCAACAAAUCCAGUUCAAUCCCUUGUGAUUAUAAGUGACUAACAGCAUUUUUAAAAAUCCCUGCCUCUCAGCUGAGAUAGGGCAACAGGCUGUGUUUGUGACCCCAACGCGCUGCAGUGAGAAGUACAAUAGAUUGAUUUAAGUGCCCUUUUGCAACUUCCUGGCCACAAGUUUAGCAAGAGAGCAGCUGCACUAUUAACAAUAAUUACUGAGUAUAAUGAUCUGUAAAAGUAUUUUAAGAGAGAGAGUGAAGUAAUAGAGGUACCAGAUUAAUUUUGUGAGUAUCACAGAAAUUCCCGUGAUCUCAUUUU